UGGGAAUGGCAUCAGUUUUCAUGACGCAAUUUUUAAGACACGUAAUGUUUUGAUUGUCAAAAAAAAAAAAAAAAGUUUUGAAUAUGAAGAAGUAACAUAAAUGAAGUUGUAAUUUAAUUUUAAAAAAUUUCCCAUAUGUCAUUGGAACUUGACCUUUUGUCAAGUAGAUCAUGAAAACUAGGCAGAUAGAUGAAGAUGUGCUUGAGGCUCAAAACAGAUAUCAUACUGAUGAAUUGGCAAAAAAAAUUUCAAAGCUGAAAUCAGCUGCAUGUGAUAUUGAAAUAGAAGCAAAGGACCAUGUUCGAUUAUUGGAUGAUGUGGGAAAUGAAUUUGAUAGCAGCCAAGGAUUUCUAUCUGGAAGUUUCAAUCGAAUGAAUAAGAUGAUGUUUACUGGAAGAAGUGAUAGACGGUUGAUGUGCUAUGUCGUUCUAAUAACUGUGGGCUUGUUUAUUGUAUUUUAUUAUUUGGCACAUAAAGCAACCACAUAGUUCUAUUAAAUGUAGAUUGUAUCAAAUUUUUGUGUGUGUAUAUACAUAUGUAUUUGUAGUUAUAUCUAAUAUUUGUAAAUAAAACUACAUAUUUAAUACA